CAAGACAUAAACAAGAGGGCUUGGGAGGAAGACCCAAAUGGCGGGAGAAGAAGUCUUCUGUUUCUAAACAACCUCGGAAUCCUUGCUCCAACUCUUGCAUGUCGAGGAUGGAUGUUGCUUCUGUUCCCCGGUCGUCGUCGCGACCACCGCCAUCGUCCAGGCCCACCACUCCCUUGAGACCGAGCUCGCGAUCAUCGAUCCGUGAGGCCCAUGGGUAUGGCGCAAGUAUUGGGAGUACUGGCUAUACCCAACCGGCCAUUCAUGCCCUCGAGCCCCAAUUUGCAGAGCUUGCCGAUUCCAUGGCGGAUCUGGAAGCCAAUUUUAUGCACCUGCAGCUCAUGCACGAGAGUUUGACGCGUUUUAGCGAGAGCUUUGCAAGUUUUCUCUAUGGAUUGAAUAUGAACGCGUUCUGCGUGGAUUUCCCCGAGGCCCCGAUUCCCGACUCGUUUCGGAGGGCGAAGCAAGCUGAAGCAGAGAAAGAGGCUGAAGCGGAAUCAACAAAACCCACCCACGAUGGGGACAUGACCUUUAUGACUACGGAUACCACUUUCGUUGAGAACCCCCCAAGUACGGUCUCUUCUAAGCCUACUUCCAAGUCUUCUACGCAAGGUCGUGGCACUGGUCGAGGAUUGAGUAGGCGCGGAUCAACCACUGGUCGCUAUGCAACGAGAGGAGCUAGUCGAGGUCGUCCAAGCGCCUUGCCACGAGGAAGGGGGACACGAUGAUGACUCGCUAUGCACGGCGAAACACCUUUGAUACUCGGGAAGCUAUAUCUCAGGGUGCGCAUGCAGUUACACGCACUCACAAGAGAGCACCAUUGCUCCACAGCCAGCAGCCAUCAAACCUCUUGGGAAGUUUUACGGUUAGAGGAUAGUUGCACAUUUUUAGCACAACGAUAUCUUGGGCAGGAAUACCCAAGGGCGGGAGUUAGCUGGGGAUUGUAACCCACAAGAUUGCUUUCCAGGUCAUGAUAUUUGAUAUCUAGACUGAUAGUUGGUGAAGACUUUCUGUUGGGUCGGAGAAUAAUCUCCAUCUGAAUAGUCGUGAAGCAAGCAUGGUUAUUUAAUUGUUAACAACAAACCUACAGUCAAUUUUCAAUAACCAACACUUUUACAAAAACAAAUAU